AACAUGAGUGUGGGUUGAAGCCCUUCUUUGGAACUAGUUGUUGUUAGGCGGGGCGGAGAGUUUCCCGUGGUCUCUGUGGUUGCCAGGCGCGGUGUGUCACUGGGAAGUGCAGAAAUUUCGGAGCGUCACGCCGCUGUCUCCGCCACAGCCACUGCACAGUGCUGGAGGUAUUGCUGAACUGUGUACUGCUGAGUUCAGACCCAGGGUAAACGAGACAUACAAACUCUGGCGUCACUGGCGAGAGUCGACAUUUCAGAAGUUGGAUAUCUAUUAUUUAUAUUUGUCGUUUUCUAUAGAUUUAAAUAUUCUUUCAGUUUGGGUAAUACACUAUAAAGUGUGUUAAAUGAUCAUGGAGAGGAAGAGGAUGGACUGCCCGGCUCUGCCCACGGGCUGGAAAAAAGAAGAAGUGAUCCGGAAGUCGGGGCUCAGCGCUGGCAAGAGUGAUGUCUACUAUUACAGUCCCAGUGGUAAGAAAUUCAGGAGCAAGCCCCAGCUGUCUCGAUACCUGGGGAACACUGUUGACCUUGGCUGUUUUGAUUUCCGCACUGGAAAGAUGAUGCCGAGUAAACUGCAGAAGAACAAACAGAGACUAAGGAACGAGCAUCUUAGUCAAUCGAAGGGCAAGCCCGACCUGAACACUGCACUGCCGAUCAGGCAAACUGCCUCCAUUUUCAAGCAGCCAGUUACUAAAGUUACCAACCACCCUAGUAACAAAGUAAAGUCGGAUCCUCAGCGAGCAAUCGAGCAGCCACGGCAGCUUUUCUGGGAGAAGAGACUACAAGGUUUGACUGCGUCUGAUGUAACUGAACAGAUAAUAAGAACCAUGGAACUUCCAAAAGGUUUACAAGGUGUUGGUCCAGGUAACACAGACGAGACCCUUUUAUCUGCUAUUGCAAGCGCUUUGCACACAAGUUCUGCACCAAUCACGGGACAGCUGUCUGCAGCAGUGGAAAAGAACCCAGCUGUAUGGCUAAACGUGACCCAGCCCCUCUGCAAAGCCUUUAUGGUCACAGAUGAGGACAUUCGGAAAUCCAAACAUAGAAGGACCUGGAGGAGGAGGAAGAGCAAUCAGUGAUGAGUGACACAUGUACAGUUAUUUUGCUCAGGAACAUUGGAUCUGAAGGGGAGACAGUUGAAACAGAUGGCAGGAUAAAAGAGUUUCAUACAUGCUCACUACCAGAUUUCACUUCGUCAAAGUUUUCUUUAUUAAUCAGUUUUGUCUCAAUGGAAGAAGCAAGUAUAGAUUGAGCAAGACUGUCUAUAGUAGUAUGCAAGGGUAUUUGUGACUUGUGCACUUCAUUGAGCUGGAGUUCUUUGAGAGAAAGAGAGAUCUGAAUGCCUUGUAUGUCCACCUUUUAUAGAAGAAGAAGUUUGUGAAGGAAGUCUGCAGAUUAUACAGGAUCUAAGACUGCAAGAGUGAGUGGAGGAAAGUGAAUGUUGAAAGGAGAAUGAAAGGUAUUAAAUCCCAAAGGGGAUUACACUACAUGAUAUUCAUACAGCACUGAUGAUUGGAUUUGAAAGGGGAUGGACUUGACAGGAAGUUAUUGAAGUUACAGAGAAAAUGACACGAGGGGUAAGAUCAGGCUGCUUCCUUGAAGUUAUUGCACAUUUGUUAUCCUCCUGGAUUAUGGAGUGCCUGUAGCCAUAUUUGGACCGUGAGGGAGUGAAGAGAACUGGAGCAGAAUUUAUUUGGACGAGUGAGGUACACAUUGAUGAUGGUGAUGAAUCUGUGGUAGAUGGAGAGACUUGGGGUAUGACAGAGUGGCGUGAGAAGAGGACGCACCGACUGAACAUGUCAAAAUCUGAUGGAAUAAAUGGUAACGUUUUAAUCUAGUACAUGUGUGAAAAAGGUGUUCUGAGUUACUUGAAUAUGGCAGUAUAUUCAUUUGAAUGGGUGAUGAUUGAUGAUACAAUUGAAUCUUUUAAAUCCUGUUUGAAAACGUAUUUGUUUGGGUCUGUUUAUUUGUAGCUGGAUUAUAUUAGACACGUGCUUUUUGCCCCGGAAUGCUUGCAUGAAGAGCGCUAU